AUGACGAACAAAAAGGGAAACCAGGAAAUGGUACAAGUGGACAACUCCGAACGCACAGAUUCUCCAUUCUGGGCUGGGCGCUCUACGUCACUAAACCAGCCACCGAAUGUCUACGGGCAUAACACCGUGGUCGGCGCAUCAUACUCCCAUGCCAAUAUCCUACAAGGAUCUUCAACUACCACGCGUCCCCGAACGCCACCCAAGCCGUCUGCUGCCAAUGUGUCAUCGCACUUGGCCCACCGUUCAGGAAAUAUCGCAUCGCCUCCACGAGAGCCUUAUGCCGUCAUGACCGAAGGGGCUGAUGAAUGGAACCGGGACCCCGCAGAGGAGGAGGAGGAUGAAGAUGACGAGAUUGUGUUCGAUGAGGAUGAAGAUGAAUUUGGCCUCCCAAGCCUAGCAAGCAUGAGGCGAAAGAAGACACCUGCUUCGAUCAAACCUAAGAACAUUGACCCUGGUGGAUCUUCGGGCAACACCUCGCUUGGAUUUGGCUUGUCCAGCAACAAUCGACAACGAGCAAAUAGCUCGGAUAUUGCAGAAGAGCGAGGGACGCCCAUGUACCCAAGCGCACGCAAAAUUGACGGCAAGAUCCUCCGACCGCAGUACAAGGACAUUCUACAAGAUCCGGCAAAUGCAUUGAAUCUUAUUAACCAUGCUACGCUUCCUACAAACGCCACACCCAAGGAACGAGAGACUAAUUCCAGUCGGAUCUCGCGCAUCAACAAGUUCAAACGCAUUUUACAGGCGAGCACGGUGUCUCUCACUGAACUCCGAGACCUUGCAUGGUCGGGGGUGCCAGAGGAAGUUCGACCCAUGACAUGGCAGCUCUUGCUUGGUUACCUGCCCCCGAACAGUGAACGACGCAUAUCGACCCUCGAAAGGAAGCGCAAGGAGUAUCUUGAUGGCGUAAGGCAAGCCUUUGAGCGCGGCAGCUCCACUACAGCAAACCCUCCAGCUGCGAGCGCUGGACGUGGCAGAGGACUGGACGAGGCGAUCUGGCACCAGAUUAGCAUUGAUGUUCCUCGAACGAGCCCACAUAUCCCCCUCUACGGAUAUGAAGCGACACAGCGAUCUCUGGAGCGAAUCCUAUAUCUAUGGGCUAUCCGGCAUCCAGCGAGUGGGUAUGUGCAAGGUAUCAACGACCUUGCGACGCCAUUUUGGCAGGUAUUCCUCGGGGUUUAUAUAACUGAUCUCAAUGUGGAAGAGGGUAUGGACCCGGGCCAACUCCCCAGAAGUGUGCUGGACGCUGUGGAAGCCGACACGUUCUGGUGUCUGACAAAGCUGUUGGAUGGCAUCCAGGAUAAUUACAUCUACGCCCAGCCUGGUAUUCAUCGCCAGGUUCGGGCAUUGCGGGACUUGACAGUGCGAAUUGACGCUUCCCUUGCCAAACACCUUGAACAGGAAGGUGUCGAGUUCAUGCAAUUCAGUUUCCGAUGGAUGAAUUGCCUCCUCAUGCGUGAAAUGAGUAUCAAGAACACAAUCCGCAUGUGGGACACGUACAUGGCUGAGGAGCAGGGCUUUUCACGAUUCCAUCUUUACGUUUGUGCUGCGUUUCUGGUCAAAUGGACAGAUCAACUAGUAAAGAUGGACUUUCAGGAGGUUAUGAUGUUCCUUCAGGCACUGCCUACAAAAGACUGGACGGAGAAGGACAUUGAACUUUUGUUAAGUGAAGCAUUUAUAUGGCAGAGUCUGUUUCAGGAUUCCCGUGCCCAUCUCCGGCCUGCGGGUGACACGCCUCCUGAAAAUGGUAUCUUUUAUUGA